GUUUGGCAAAUUUUGCCCCAAAACGCACCACGGCACCAGACCCGUUGCCGUCUCUCUCUCUCUCUCUGACGAGACCGGCCUUUGUCUCUUGAAAAAUUCCCAAAAUCUUCUCUCCUUAUCACUGCUUCCAACCUCCAACGCCAGAAGCUUUCUCGCAACAAGUGCAGGGAUGGAUGUGAUGCUUUUCUUCUAUUGUGUUUGCUGAAGGAACUCAUUUUGAGAAGUAGUCUCUUCCUAAGAGUCUGCUCUAAGGUACUGUGGGUUUUCAAAUUAAGACAAAAAAAAGAGCAGUCAAUGAGUUGGAACUGAGAAUUGAGAAGGGAAUGUCAGGAUCGAAAGCGAAUACUAUUGACAUGAGAUGUCAUCACUGUGCAGGUCCUCUUUCCAAGGACAUGGAAACUAGUGAGUGGACUGUUCCACCACUUAUCAGGGAUAGCUUUUCCAUGAUUGGUUCAGCUGUUGGUGGUACAACAAGUGCAUUCUAUGGAUUCAACCACGUAAUGCCAAAAGUCCGGAGGUGGGUAAAAGGCCCUAUGUGGUUGCAUUUUCUCAUUGGUGCACCACCUGUGAUCGUAUUCUCUUCAGCUUGUGCAGGAUUGGCAGGUGGUGCCGUUCCAGCUAUUGCCCAGCUUGCUUCUUCAUCUUAUCACGCGGUAGUCUCAUCUCCUUCAAUGCCUCCACCUUCACAAGAUGACAAGAUGCACAAGUCCAGAACUUCCUCCACUCUUUAAUAUAUAUAUCUGCUUUCUUGUUCUGUGUGAGUGACCAUGUGUGUGUAUGAGAGUCAUUGAGUUUUGCGUGUGCAGAUGCCCAAUUCAGUAAUAUGCUCCAGAAAGUCACAUGAGCGUGCAUGGACAUGCUCAAGUGGACAAUGUAAUAUCUACUUGGCUAAACAAAAUUUUGUUAUUUCUUACUUUAAAACAAUAAAAAUUAUAUGAAUCAUUUAAGGUGAUAAAA